AUGGAGAACUUCUACAACGGCAGUCUGGUUGACAAUAUCCCUCAAAAACCGUGGCCGCUCUGCUGCUCGACAUGGGUGAGGUCAUGUGCUCUGGAUGAUUUUGCCCUUGACAUGGAUGGAAACAUUGUCACAGGGUUUGACAAUGAGGGCAGUUUGCAUCAGAUCACCAUUCAAGAUAUUCCGCAGUACCACGACUACCUGUGGGAAGAUAGUGCAGCAACUGGCCUUCACCCAUACUGGGCCCUGGAUGCAUCCAACGGCUACAUGUUCGAUUCACCACCCACACUAUCUUCAGCAGGUGACCCGUUGCCCUUCUGCUCGGGUGCAACCCUUGGAAGGACGCAGACACUUACUGAACCAAAUACCUUGACAAUAUGCCCUAGAGCACUUACUAAUGAGUACGAUUCACUUAAUCUUGGAAGCGGAACACCCAAAAUUGGCACCUUCAUCUCAGCUGUAUUUUCCAUGAGUGCAACUCCAUUCCAUGAGACUGUCUAUCUCAUUGGACGUUCGGAGAAGACUCCAGAUUCAAGCUACUUGUGGCAGAAUUACCAGGCGACUCUUGAGAAGCGCCAGGAUGAACAUCCAGAUUUCAUGGACUAUGACACUAAAACCCUUGAAAAUGAAGAUGGCUUGAUAUAUGGCCAACUUGCCCGUCGGAACCCAGAGAACUAUGUCUGGAUGUGUGUUGGAUAUUGGUAUUUCAUGGUCCUGAUGAGAAGAAGCUGGAGCCAGGAGAUGGAGCUUCCACCGUGGGCUGGCAGAAUUUACCCCCAGGAAGUAAUUAAAUGGCAACAGUAUGAAUUACAGAUAUAA